UGGGUCCCAUGCGAAGUUUAAAUUCCAACUCGAUUAUUGACUUUAAUUUAUACGUCCACGUCAUCGAGGGCCCCACUAAAAAUUCCCAACAGUCAAUAAUUACGAUUACAAAGUUUAUCUUCCAAAUUUGUAAUCUUCUUUCUACUCAGAAUCAUCGGAGCAAUGAGUGCAAGGAUUUCGAAGAUUAAUUUGACUUUAAUGGCGGAUUUGUGUGUAGGGUUUUUGAAGAUUAUUGAGUAAAGUGAAGAAGAACUCAGCUUUGCCAUGAAUGUCUGUCUCUCUGUCUGUAAAUCUGUCGUAGUGAACGAGAACGACCCCACCCCACCCCACCCCUCACCUUCACAUAUUCUAACUCUGUCCUGCCCUGUUUAAAUUUCGAUUUUAGUUUUCAAUUGGUCUCAUCUCCCCAAAAUUUCUCCCUACUGUUUAAUUAGAUUCGAAAAAGAAACUCAGCCUGAGCUUAUCUCCUCCCCCAAUUAAUUUCGUCUCCUCUCCAUUUCAACUUUCGAUUGGCCCACACUCCCUUAUCGCCAUAACUCUCCUCCUUCCUCUGCAAUUAUAUCAAUCAAUAAAUCAAUCCUUGUUCAGUUUCACAAAAAUGGAGUUUUGUUAAAAGAGGUGUAAUCUGCAGCAUGACCCAGUUCGAUUUUGCCAAGAAAUUGAUGCCUAAAGAGGCUCCCACUUCUGGGGUACUGGGAUGCUUCUUUUUCAGCCUCUUCUUGAUCUUCAGCCUGUUCAUGUUUGAUUACAGAAUCGUCGAUGGUUUUGGUUUCCAUUGGAAAUCCUCUGUAAAGGUUGGGUUUGGUGAUUGUAACAUUUUUGAAGGGGAUUGGGUGUGGGAUGAGGGGUACCCACUUUAUAAUUCACGAGAUUGUGUGUUCUUGGAUGUGGGUUUUCGAUGUCUUGAAAAUGGUAGACCUGAUGAGCUCUACAGCAAGUGGCGAUGGCAGCCUAAGGAUUGCAGUUUGCCCAGCAGGUUCGACGCAGGAGAAAUGCUCGAACGGUUGCGCGACAAACGCCUCGUUUUUGUCGGAGAUUCUAUAGGAAGAAACCAAUGGGAAUCCCUUCUCUGCAUGCUGUCUUCAGUUGUUAGGAACAAAACAUCGAUAUUCGAAGUGAAUGGGAGCCCGAUCACGAAGCAUUCCGGCGCUUUACUUUACAAAUUCGCCGACUUCAACUGCACCAUCGAGUACUACAGAUCUCCAUUCCUUGUUCUGCAAAGCCGCGCCCCCGUUGGCGCCCCCGAAAACGUCAAAAUGACGCUGAAGCUCGAUCGUAUGGAUUGGAGUAGUCCACAAUGGAAGGGUGCAGAUGUGCUGAUCUUCAACACAGGUCACUGGUGGAACUUUGGAAAGACUGUUAGAGGGGGUUGCUACUUUCAAGAGGGGUCGGAGAUAAAGAUGGAGAUGAGCGUCGAGAAUGCAUUCCGGAAGUCUAUCAAGACUUUCGCGGAUUGGAUAAUCCGCGAAGUGAAUUCGACCAAGACGCAUUUGAUCUUCCGGACUCAUGCUCCCGUGCAUUUUAGAGGCGGCGAUUGGAGGAACGGCGGGAGCUGUCACGGGGAGACGAUACCUAGUUCGAGUACAGCGCCGGCGUCUUCUCAAUCAAACCUCGAGUACAAAACAGCUGUGGAUGGCUUAACAGAGCUUAUAAAAACAGGACAUGUAGAAUUCUUAAACAUAACAAGUAUGACAUCCCGACGAAAAGAUGGACACUCUUCUUUGUACUAUUUAGAGCCCGGACUCGGCCCGGCCCCUCUUCACCGCCAAGACUGCAGCCAUUGGUGCCUUCCCGGUGUCCCCGAUGCGUGGAACGAACUCCUCUACACCCUUUUCCUCAAACGCCAGAUUUUAACGGCAGAUAAAAAUUCGAUCUUUUUACCCGAUCGAUGAAUGCCACCGAACAAUUCAACAGGGAUACACAAAGAUAGGCCUGGACAUGGUAGAGCAGCAAUUGAAGCUAUACAUGAACUUUCUUGGCUUUAAAUUCAGCCAAAUCUCCCAAUUCUUCGACUUUUCUAGCCAAAAUUUCAACCUUAUCCACAAUCUCGAGC